AUGACCGUGAAAGUUGCAUAUCUUGGCCCAAAGGGGACAUAUUCCCAUAUGGCCGCGCUACAGGAGUUCCCAGACUACGAUCUCACUCCCCAACCAAGCAUCGGCGACUGCUUCUCCGCGAUAGACAAAGGAGAGGUGGUGUAUUCGGUGGUGCCGUUUGAAAACUCCACCAACGGUCAGGUUAUCUUCACGUACGAUUUGUUGCGGUCCUGGUACUUGCCAGCCGCUGGACUCUCACCUAAAGCUCGUUUUGAGAUUAUCGGCGAGCAGUAUGUGAACAUUCACCACUGUUUCUUGUCCAACUCCACGGACUUGACCCAAAUCAGACGCAUCUACUCGCACCCGCAGGUCUGGGGCCAGUGCACCAAAUUCUUCCAGGACAACGCAACGUUGUUCAAGACUAAUGGCGUUGAGCGGAUCGAUGCUUCUUCUACGUCUGAGGCUGCGGAAUUGGUUAUUAAAGACUCUGCCGCUGGUACGGAGGGCUCCGCCGCGAUCUGCUCCUCGGCUGCGUCCAGCCUCUACGGGUUGCCGGUCUUACAGAAGAAUAUCGAGGAUAACCGGGAAAACACAACCAGAUUUUUGGUUUUGGGGAAGCCAAAAUCCAAACAGGGCUUGCUUGUGACCUCCCUCUGCUUCACCGUCAACCACAGCGAUGCGGGUGCGUUGUGUACUGCCUUGUCCGUGCUCUCCGAUUACGGCUUAAACAUGACGAGUAUCACAUCGAGACCAUCUCUCUUGAAGCCGUGGCAGUAUAUUUUCUUUGUCGAGUUUUAUAGCAAGCCACAGGGCGGGGCGGAUGUGUUGGCCCUGGCUCUAGACGAGUUACGAGCGAGAUGUUUAGAUUGUGUGGUCAUGGGCACAUUCCCAAGAAACAACAAGCACUGGGAGUUUUUGGAAAAGCCCUGAGCCAGGAGACUUGCAAGGGCUAUGCAACGAUGCGUGUGUAUAUAAUUUUUUGUUAAUGGCCUGGAAAGUGUACGCUAAUAGGAAUAUAGAUCUGGAG